AUGUUUUCAAAUACCCGAAUUCCUACCCUUUUGGACAUCUCGGACAUCUACGAGUUCCCCCCAAGCCCAUCACAGGGCCCCGGUACUAUCGGCGGCCGCUUCGAAAACGUCGGUGUGGAGAACACCGAAGAGCACAGGCGGAUCUACAGACAGAUGUUGUAUGAGACGCCGGGCAUCAACAACUACCUCAGUGCGGCCAUCCUGGACCCAGAAACCAUGUACCAAAAGGACGAUGACGGCGUGCCAUUUCCUCAAGCCUUGGAGAAGCGAAACAUCAUCCCUGGUGUGAAGCCUCACCUGAAGGUCUAUGAGCUGCCGGGCUGCCCUGGCGACACCGUGAUGCAGGGCUUGGAUUCCCUGGCGCAGCGGUGUAAGGAGUACAAGGUGCAGCGUCUCCGUUGGCUCCGUCUAGCCGUCUAG